ACUUGACGCACUGACCACUACAUUGUGCUGGUUCUAGUGACGGAUAUCGAACUUUAUUGAGUCUGCCAAAAAAUGCUUGCAGAUUAGAGACUGGUCGGUAGUACAACCGCCUACUCAUUUGUUUCUCCGCCCUGGUGUUUGCUAUCUCUUCUUUGCUCCCUCACGCACCGCUGGUUGGCAGGAGGGGGCGGCGGCGGCAUCGAUAGCUCAUACCCGGAAGGAAGUUGAGACGGUUGGAGAAGAAGAGACGGUGGAUUGAGAAGGAAGAGAUGAGUGGAUGACACCGUCAGUGAGGUAUCCACCCGCCAACAGCCAUCCAUGCUCUAAAUGCACAGCCAUGUUUGGUAUCUGACAAAACCAGCUGUGUCUUUCGAACUUUCUCCAAGAAUUGGCACUGUAUUUCUUCUUCUUUUUUUUUUUUUUUGUGUGUAAUCUCUUUACAGUGACAUAAUGCUAACCAUGACCUCUGAAGCACUUUGUUGUGUCAAUUUUUUAAGACACUACUGCUGAUUGUGCUUCUUUCACCUCCGGGAGCUGCUACUUGGACAUUAAAAAAAAUUAAAAAUAAAUAGUUGAAGUGAACUUUUAUUUUCCCAUACGGUGUGCAUAUUGUUUCUGGACCAAGAUAACGUUAAUGGAAUGCAAUCAUGUCAUCCCAGGACGAAAGGCAGAUCAAUACUGAAUAUGCAGUCUCUUUGCUGGAGCAGCUGAAACUGUUCUAUGAACAACAGCUACUGACGGACAUAGUAUUAAUCGUUGAGGGCACUGAAUUGCCAUGUCAUAAAAUGGUUCUUGCUACAUGCAGCUCUUAUUUCAGGGCGAUGUUUAUGAGUGGACUGAGUGAAAGCAAACAAACACAUGUACAUUUGAGAAAUGUGGAUGCCGCUUCUUUGCAGAUCAUUAUAACAUAUGCAUACACGGGUAAUUUGGCAAUAAAUGAGAGCACUGUAGAACAGCUAUAUGAGACUGCAUGCUUUUUGCAGGUGGAUCAUGUGUUGCAGCUCUGUAGAGAAUAUUUAAUCAAAAAAAUCAAUGCCAAAAACUGUGUGCGUCUUCUGAGUUUUGCUGACCUGUUCAGCUGUGAAGAGUUAAAGCAGAGCGCCAAAAGAAUGGUAGAGCACAAGUUUACAACAGUCUACCACCAGGAUGCUUUUAUGCAACUAUCCAGUGAGCUAUUGAUUGAUCUUGUGAGUAGUGACAAUUUAAACGUUGAAAAAGAAGAGACUGUCAGAGAAGCUGCAAUGUCCUGGCUAGACUACAACACUGUGUCACGCUCUCAGUAUUUGUCUACCGUCCUUAGUCACCUUCGUAUUGAUGCCCUUUCAGAGGUGAUACAGCGGGAGUGGUUUCAAGGCUUGCCACCAAAUGACAAGUCGGUGGUGGUGCAAGGACUCUACAAAUCCAUGCCAAAGUUUUUUAAACCAAGGCUUGGCAUGACUAAAGAGGAAAUGAUAAUAAUAAUUGAAGCUGCUUCAGAAAACCCGAGUUAUUACUCCUCAAUCUGUUACAGUCCUCAGGCAGAAAAGGUAUAUAAGCUUUGUAAUCCUCCUGCCGAGCUACAUAAAAUUGGUACUGUGGUGACACCUGACAAUGAUAUUUUUAUAGCUGGAGGGCAAGUCCCUCUAAAGAACUCCAAAAGCAAUCAUAGCAAGCCAAGUAAACUUCAGGCUGCCUUCAGGACUGUGAAUUCUUUUUACUGGUUUGAUGCCCAGCAAAAUACUUGGGUUCCAAAGACCCCUAUGUUGUCUGUGCGUACAAAGCCUUCUUUGGUAUGGUGUGAUGGUUACAUCUAUGCAAUCGGAGGAGAUAGUGUUGGUGGUGAACUGAAUCGAAGAACUGUAGAAAGAUAUGACUGUGAGAGGGAUGAGUGGACUAUGGUGAGCCCUCUCCCAUGUGCAUGGCAAUGGAAUGUUGCUGUAGUGGUCCAUGACUGCAUAUAUGUAAUGGCAUACAACUUAACAUACUGUUACAUUCCAAGGUCUGGUAUCUGGGUAGAAAUGGCCAUGAGGCAAACCAGUAGAUGCUUUGCCUCUGCUGCUGCAUUUGAAAACAAAAUAUUUUACCUCGGAGGCCUGCAUACUGGCAACUCUGGAAUUAGGCUCCCCUCCAAUACUGUGGAUGGGUCUUCCGUAACCGUUGAAGUGUACGAUGUGCAUAAAAAUGAAUGGUAUAUGGCCGCUAAUGUACCUGCAAAGCGCUACUCUGAUCCUUGUGUCAGAGCAGUUGUCAUAUCCAAUUCCUUGUGUGUUUUUAUCAGAGAGACUCAUAUGCAUGAAAAAGCAAAGUAUGCGAUCUACCAGUAUGACAUGGACCUUGAUCAGUGGUUUCUGCGUCAACAAAUUUCCGAGCGUGUCCUUUGGGAUUUGGGGAAAGAGUUUCGGUGCACUGUAGGAAAGCUCUACCCUUCAUGCCUUGAAGUGUCCCCAUGGAAACCUCCCACACAUCUUUUCUCACCAGAUGGAGCUGAUGAGUUUGAACUGGAUGGGGAUAUGGUUACGUUACCCCCUGUAUAGUUGGGCAGAUACCAGUGACUGUAUGCAUGGAUCCCCGUUCCUCAACCAUAGUUCAUUAGAACUGUACUGUUAAGGAAAUGGGCUGGGAAAAUAAGUUUGCACCGCUUAUCUUUCAGACCUUAUUUUUAUGUCCUACUUAACGUAUUUGUAGCCUUUAAUGCAUUUAUAUAGGGAGAUAUGCUUCCAUUAUAUGAAAUAUUUGACCUGCUAAUGUUAAGAGAAAAGCAAAAACUCUGUAUAUUCAGCCAGCCUUAGCGUUCCGGUUUACCAAAAGAAUAUAAUUGUAUCCCUGUGAUUUUUUUUUUUCUUCUCUUUUCUUUUAUUUUCUUCUAUUUUCCCAAGUUAUUUAUCCUUUUUUAUUUUAAAAAGCAAACGCAUAAAUUACCCAUCUGCUAUUUAUAUUAUUGUAAGUAUAAAAAAAAAAAAAAACUUCCAUAAUUCAAAACUACUUCUAAUUGGAUAUCCUGUUGGACUAUAUGUACAAAUGUGCAGUGAAACCCAAUCUACACAUACAUAUAUGUAUGCCUGGUAAAAUGAGACCUUGCCAGUUUUCAUUAACUUCCAGGUUACCACCUCCGCAUGCUAUCCAUUGUAAAAGCCAGUACAACCAUAUAUCUUGUCAUAGAGGCUGAGGUAGAGAUUCUUCAUUGUGUGAUAUCAUCUCCAAACAGAACAUUUAUCUCUAACGUUUGUUUUAAUGCCUAUGUAGUGAAUUAAAAAAAAACAAAAAAAGAAAAGUGUGAUUUCAACUAAUUACCAGCUCAAGCUUGACUUGGAAGUAGUAGAGAAAAACGCAGUAUACCUGCAGGUUUUAUUUUUGAAAAGUAAUUUAUCACCAAAGUCCCACCUCAACAUGUAAUCUAUAACAUAUUCUACUUUGUGUUAAAUCCAAUCUUUCCUGCUGCAGGAAAACUAGUAUUUCAUUUUGAUAACACACAGGUCAAUCUAUGACUGCAGGCUCAGUCAGGCUGUGCAAGGCACAUGUGUAUCUGUUGUCAAUAAACCUGUACCUUUCUGUCUUAGAAUACAGGUCUUCCAAGAGGGCCUUGUUACGCCCUUACGGGCAGAACAGGGCAUCCCAAGUAUUUGCCAGCCCCUCAUAGUACGGGUCCCUGUGGAGCUUUUUAAACCCUUAACUGCUAUCUUGCAGCCAAGGGAUUAAACAAACAGAACCAGCACCUUUUGUCAUGCAAUGGUGUAGGUUCAUUCAUACAAAAAACUGCUGCUGAUAUCUUUUUCUUUCCCUAACAACAUUUGUAAAAACAAGGUUUUAGUGUGGAAUAACCAGGUCUGUAUCAUUUUUGUUAACUUAACAAGCAUUUACUGUAGUGUGAUUGUGUAUUGAUAUACCAUAGGUUUUGUUUUUUUUUCUGGGGAAGGGAAAAGAACUGUUCAGGAAUACAUUUACAUGGCACUCUUCUGCACAAGAGAGCAUAUGCCUAGUGCUGCUCCGGCAUUAAUAUCAAUCCCAGGAACCACUAGCAGUAGAGGGGCACCACAGCCAAUUUAACAUGAGCACAGGUGCUUCAUGACAAACCCUACUAGCAUGUUUAGCUGCAUCAUGUUCUGGCACUGUAUUUUGAAUGACAUUAAUUUAUUAAAAAAUGUAAAGUGAA